AGAUGGUAACGCGACUUUAUCAUUUGACUUCUCCUGAAAGUGGAGACGAUCCUGCUCACUGAAAAGACGACGGCGGAGCAACCAGUAAACACGGCCGCAUGUCUAGAAACAUAGCCCUCAAGAAACUCCCAAAACCCCGGCAACGCCACCUUGCAACGCCGCCACAGCUCGCACUCUCGGACCUCUCACCUUCGCUUUCCGCUCUCACCCCAACCACCACCGCGGCCGCCCAAACCCAGUUAACCCAGCUCACCACCCUCCUCAAAACCCAUCUCCAAAAGAGCCCCAUCGCCAUCACACCGGAAGAUCUCCUCCACUUCUUGAAAUCCCGCCUACGCCAUCACCCAACGCUCAGCCACCUCGAUUUUCAUCUCUUCCGUUUCGCCGCCACACUCGACUCAUUCCGCCAUGAUCACUCCACAUUCGAGUACAUGGUGCGCUCUCUUGUGUCCACUAGCCGUCUCGAUUCUCUGCCCUCGCUCCUCGAGUUCAUUUCCUCCAAUCCUUGCCCCUGCUCAGACGGUAUCUUUUCUUGCCCUAAGAUUGAGCCCAUGUUUCGUGUUUCGAUUAGCUCGUUUUGUAGGGCUGGUAGAUUUGAUGAUGCACUCUUUGCUUUUGAUAUUAUGAAAAGAUUGAUUGACGGUAAGCCGAAUGUUGCACUGUAUAAUAUAGUGAUCCACGGUUUUGUUAAGUUCGGAAAAUUGGACAGGGCGGUUGAGUUCUACGGAAGGAUGGUUAGGGAGAGGGUGAAGCCAGAUGCAGUCACGUUCAAUAUUUUGAUUAGUGGGUAUUGUAGGAAUAAUAAAUUCGGGUUGGCAUUGGAGGUGUUUAGGGAGAUGAAAGAAAAAGGGUGUGUCCCAAAUGUGGUUAGUUUUAAUACCUUGAUCAAGGGAUUUUUCCAGGAUGGGAAGGCGGAGCAGGCAGUUGGAAUGGCAAGAGAGAUGAUUGAGUUGGGGUGUGAGUUUUCGUGUGUGACGUGUGAGAUCCUGGUUGAUGGACUUGGUCGGAAAGGGAAGGUAACGGAGGCAGCUGAUUUGAUGGUUGAGUUUUUAAUGAAAGGGGUUUUGCCUAGGGGUUUUGAUUAUCUUGGGUUGAUUGAGAUGCUUUGUGUCGGUGGAAAUGUGGAGAGGGCGUCUGAGUUGGUGGAUGAGUUUUGGGGCAAAGGUUAUCCACCAGGCUUGAUUGCUUGUACGACUUUGAUUGAAAGUUUACGUGGGGUUGGAAGGACUGAAAGAUCGGUUGAAUUAAUGAGAAAAAUGCUUAAUGAGGGCAUCAUACCAGAUAGUGUGACGUUUAGUUGUCUGCUUCAGGAUAUGUGUGGUACUGGAGGAGCACUGGAAGCAAACAAGCUGAGGUUGUUGGCUUGCAGAAAGGGUUUGGAUUCAGAUGGUAUGAUGUAUCGGAUUUUGAUUUCAGGCUGUACGAAAGAAGGCAGAAAAAAGGAGGGGGAAGUUCUGGUGAAUGAGAUGUUGGAUAGAGGGUAUAUACCCGAUAUUGCAACAUACAAUAUGAUGAUGGAGGGCCUUGCUAAAUCUAAAGGUUCUCUUGGUUAACUGCAAAGAAGGUUGAAGCUCAAUUGCUGGAACAGGUUAGGAAUGAAGCUCUAAUCUAGUUAAGUUGCUCUGCGCUAUCUGCACUCACAUCAGCAGAUAUUGGAUGCAGAUUUUCUAGUCCCUUGGAAACACAGGCUUCGGUAUGUAGAAGGAGAUAUCUUGUCCUUGCAGAGGGAUAUUAUCACAAACAGUCAUACUACUUGGUGGAAGUGAGCUCUUGUGUGAGAACUUGGUUCAACCCGUGGACACCUACAAUUGAUAGAUUAGAAACUCGGAAUUUGCUAUAUCUGAAUAUUCUUCUCCAGAACCUAUAGUCUCAUAUUAAGUGUGUUAAAUAUAAAGGGUAUUCACUCUAGCAACUAUUAUGCUACUAACCGGUGAAUGGUAUUUCAAACAUCAAGACGAUUCCAGUUCCCAUGGAACCAAGCCCACUCUAAUAGCCUUACUCUAUGUUUUGAAUCAAGAGUGCCUACUCUCAAAAGCCUUCUGCAGCUCAUCACAGGGAAACCAAAGAUCUAUAGAAAGGAGCGAUGCUAAAAUUUGCUAACGCCACAAAUUGCUGCUGCAGAGAACGGGAAUCCUUACUCCGACUGGACAGGAGGUGAAAAUUCUGGAAGAUCCAUUCACCGGCUGAUCGAACAACAACAACAAACUUGGCUGCAAAGCAUCUCAGUAGUGCAAAACAGUACUCCCAUGUAUGGGAGAUCUUUUACGUGACAUGAAUCAUUAGCUUCACAUAGAUUAGAAGGUAGAGUGCAAUGAGGGUAUGGAAAUAACGCAUGCUGUAAAGAUUGGGACAAUACAUCUUUUUGGAUCAUUUUCACAUUCAACCAUACAGAUACUAUCCAUGAAUCCUUUUGUUGCUAUAUCAUCAUCAAUUCAAACAAAUUUUAACUUCUCUCGC